GUUGCACACAAUCAGACAGGCACAGACUCCCACAGACUCCACCUGAAGAUUUUCAGAGAGCAGCACCUGUUGUUCUAAGGGAAAUGAAAGUAUGAAUGGAUCCUGAAUUGUUCAUGAAUCGGCCUCACAGUCCUCGUGAAGUGGACUCUCUAUCAGGGAUGUUGACUCAGAGCUGCUCUGAGGUCAACCUGAAGUUUAUCUGUGAGUUGAAGCCUGGACCUGGUCCACCACCAGGUUGUGAUGAGGGUUUCAAUGCCGAAAUAAGUUGUGAGUCAGUGUCAGUCAUCCUCCCUGCACAGUGCAGCAUCUACCAGCUGCGACUACGCAUCUGUAUGCAGGCUCAGGAAAAACACUGCCAUCCAGAUCCACUUGGAUUUCUUGACCCGGAGAAAUACACUCUGCUAUACGCAAGGGGGGAUGACUGGUAUGAGGCCUACGAUGACUGUCAGGUUAUCAGGACGUUAGACAUCCCGUGGUCACGUGAUGACACCGGGCGCCUGUUGGCACACGUGGUGGUACAACCUGUGGUGGCGUUUGAUUCAGAGGAAGAGAAGAAACAGCAGCAGUGUCUGGCUUACCUGAUCGGACACGACCUGGAGAAAGAAGCGUCCGACAGGCUGGGCGAGCUCACAUUCACCCGCCGGAAACUGGCAUCUCCGAGAAGACAAGCGCUAAAAAAUCGGAAUGACAAGUUGUAUGCCACAGAGCCUUGGAUCACAUGUGCCCCCAUUCCCGCUGACCUGCAGGACUGGCUGAACAGAAAGCUUCCUGUCGCCUUUCAUUACAUGAACAAGCUCAGCUUCAGUAUACCGGUUGAUAUUAGCGUAACGCCAAAAAUCCUUCUUCAAAUUUUUAGAAAGGUGAUGGCAGACCAGGGGCUUGAUCAUGAUGUUACUGAAAAUCUGGUGUUGAAGGUCUCAGGGAGGGAAGAGUUUUUAUCCGGAGACUACCCCCUCAGUGAUUUCCUCUGGGUUCGACAGUGCUUGAAAACCAAUCGAGAGCUCCACCUCUCUAUUGUACCUGUGUCGCAGCUUGCCGAGGAGACUGUGGAGUUUGUGGAUUGGCCUCUCGUUGAUGGCUUCAGCGGCCAGUUCAGCUCCCAUGAUGAUCUCCGACUUGAAGGGAAGGAUUUGGAUGACAUCUUCAUGAUAUCCUUGUGGGACUGCAACAGGAAACUCAGAGUCAAACUACUUGGCUUUGACAUCCCGAAUCUUCCGAGCAAAUACCCUCUGUCCGUUUAUGUGGAAGCCUCCAUACUUUAUGGUAACAAGGUUCUCUGCUCAGUGUCCUCUUCUCCAAAGGCCUUCGCAGAUGAAGUACUGUGGAAUGAGUGGCUGGAUUUUGACGUCCUGCUCAGGGAUCUGCCUCGUGGAGCCAAGCUGGGUCUCACUAUUAACACGAGUGGUGGUGACACUUUCCCAGCAACCAAAGACUCAGGGGAGGGGAAGGUGCUCUACUUUGUUAAUCUUCUCCUCAUAGAUCACAGGUCUGUCCUUAGCCAGGGCCCCCACACCCUGCACAUGUGGUCUUACCCUGACCUGGAGGAAGAGGCUGUCACCUACCAGGCAGACAAGCUGUCUUCUGCUACUAACCCAGACAUAGCUGACUCCAUGGCUAUCAGCUUCUUUCUAGACCGCUACAGCUUCCCUGUGGUUCUCCCAAAUAGAUUCAGUUCCUCUGAAUGUUCCGGCAGUCCCACCUCCAGCCUCUCCCCAACCAAAUCUACUGCUUCCUCUCAUGCACCCUCCUCCUCCUCGUCCUCCACACCUUCUUCCACCUUACCCAGCACGGAAUCUUCCUCUCUGCAUGUGACAACUCCUCAGGGCCCAUCAACUGACACUGUAACCCUCAGAUGCCCCAGCGACGCUGGCCUUAAAAGGUUUCGGAUGGAGAGCGUCUGCUACGCCUCCAACCUGCCCUACUACCUGCGCAAUGUUGAUUGGAUGAACCGCAAGGUGGUUGAGGAUGUCCACUGGCUACUGGGACACUGGGAUCCUGGGGAUCUGGAUGUAACAGUGGCCCUGGAGCUGUUAAGCAUGGACUUUGCAGAUGAGACGGUCAGGAGACUUGCGGUGCAGAGACUGGAAAGCCUGUCCAAUGAUGAUGUGUUGAGGUAUUUGCUGCAGCUGGUGCAGACCCUUAAAGUGGAACCUUACCAUGAUAGUUUCCUUGCUCGGUACCUGAUCCAAAGAGCUCUGCAGAGCAAGAGAAUUGGCCACUUCUUCUUCUGGUAUGUCCGCAGCGAGGUGGCAGGGUGUCUGUACUUCCGUCAACGCAUGGCUGUGAUUCUGGAGGCCUACCUGCUGGGCUGCGGCCAAGCCAUGCUCCACAGCUUCACCCAGCAGGUCCAGGCUGUGGAGGCCCUGCAGGAGGUCGCUAUAUUUAUCAAGAGACUCUUCCCUGACAAGACCGACCUCCCUCCUACAGCUCCGCUCAGGCUUCAAGAGCUCCUGAAAAACUCCAGUCUGCCAGAAGAAUUCCUGUUGCCCUUUGACCCCCGCGUCAAAGUUGGAAGGAUCCUGCUGGACAAAUGCAAGGUGAUGGCCUCUAAGAAGAAGCCUCUGUGGCUGGAGUUCUCUCCCAUGCCGUCGCCCACCUCUGCUACACCUGUUGGAAUAAUCUUCAAAGAAGGAGACGACCUCAGACAGGACAUGCUGGUCAUUCAGACACUGGUGGUGAUGGACUCUAUCUGGCAGGAGAAAUCUCUGGACCUUAACCUUGUUCCAUAUGGCUGCAUCUCCACAGGACACAACAUAGGAAUGAUUGAGAUUGUGAGGAAUGCAGCGACUAUCGCAGCGGUCCAGAAGAACCACAGAGGAACAGCUGGUUCCUUCAGAAACGAUGCUCUGUUUGAGUGGCUCAAGUCGAAGUGUCCUCUCCAGGAAAUCCACUACAACACUGUGGAGAGGUUCGUGAAGUCCUGUGCUGGUUACUGCGUGGCCACUUAUGUUCUGGGUAUAGGAGAUCGACACAAUGACAACAUCAUGAUCACAGACCAAGGGAACUUGUUUCACAUCGACUUCGGCCACAUCCUGGGUAACAGGAAACACUUUCUCGGUGUGAGCAGGGAGCGUGUGCCAUUCGUCCUCACACCCGACUUCCUGUAUGUCAUGGGCAGGGUCAAAGGUCGCAACAGCCUCUAUUUUCAAUGCUUCAUGGACACUUGCACCCAGGCGUACCUCUCCCUGCGCUCCCACUCCCGCCUGCUGGUCACGCUCUUCUCCCUCAUGCUGCUGACCGGCAUCCCCGAGCUGAGCGCCGCAGAGGACAUGCGUUACCUGCGGGAGGCUCUGCAGGAGGAGCAGGGGGAGGCGGAGGCCAAGGAGCAUUUCCUCAAGCAGAUCUCUGAGUGUGAGCGUCUGGGCUGGACUGUGCAGGCCAACUGGUGGAUCCACAUGGUAGCGGGCAUCAAGUAGAGUGUUUUUGUUCUUCUGUGCUUCAGCCCCGGAGAAGGUGAAAUGGUGCAUGAUCAUGUAUACAUGUAACAUUGAUUCGUUUGUUUUUUUUUUGUUUUCAUUGCUUAUUUUUAUAUAUUAUUGUUAUAUUUAUGUAUUGUGUAGUGUCCUUCUGCACUCUUUUGUCAUCAGGAUCCCUCGACUUUGGAACCAGAAUCUUUUAAAUCAUUUCUUAAAACCCAUUUUUGUAACUUGCUUUUAUGUGGUGUUGUCUUUUUAUCAUCUUUUUUUGAUUGUUUUUACGGGUUCUACUCUUUCCAAUUGUUUUAUUUAUAGCUACUGUAUAUAAGUGUAUAAGUAUAUUGUUUGUCUUUCUCUCUAACUUUACCUCAUUUACACUUUCCUUUUGUCUUGUUUUUAAAAGUGCUAGAUAAAUAAGGCAUAAGAAACUAAACAAUCAUGGUUUACUUUAGUUAUCUACUCAUCGCUUUCAAUUAAAAAGUUUUGUGUCACUUCACAAUAAUUAGAUAGUUGUGAGGUCCAGUUAUUGUAAUAUUUGAAUGAACAUUUCUUUGUUAACAGAAUAAAUCUCUGAUGGCAUUAUUGUAUUAUAUGUAUUAUUGGUCACAGAUCCGAGUCGAUCAGCUCUGCAGUCAUACUCAUCUCCAGCAAGCCUGCCACUCU